AUGGCCUCGCCGCCCCGCGCCUACAGCCCGGCCGAGGUGCGGCAGCGCUGCGCCCAGGGCGCCUGCCUGGUGCUGCGGGGCCGCCGCCUCUACGACCUGAGCGGCUUCGUGCGGCUGCACCCGGGCGGCGAGCAGCUGCUCCGGGAGCGGGCGGGCAGCGACGUGAGCGCCGCGCUGGAGGGGCCGCCGCACCGGCACUCGCGCAACGCGCGCCUCUGGCUGGAGCAGUACUACCUGGGCGAGGUGCGCCCGGCCCCCGCGCCGGAGCUGCAGAGCCUUCUUGAGACAGAGAAACCAGUAAAUUCCACAGCUCGGACAACAAACCAUAGGAUGGAUCCUAGAUGUAAAACAGUAGAUCCAGAUAAGGAUCUCGUGGACUGGCACAAACCAUUGCUCUGGCAGGUGGGCCAUUUGGGGGAGAAAUAUGACGAGUGGGUGCAUCAGCCUGUGGACCGGCCAAUUCGCUUGUUCCACUCGGAUUUCAUAGAGUCCCUCUCUAAAACAGCAUGGUACAUCGUUAUCAUGGUGUGGAUCCCUGUGGUGCUGUAUCUCAGCUGGUUCUGCUACGCGUCUCUUGCACAGGGAACUACCAGACUUUUCUCGUCAUUCACAGCAGAGUAUUCCAUCCCUGUGCACAAGUACUUCUUCCCAUUAAUCUUCGUGCUGGGAAUGUUCCUGUGGUCCUUAGUAGAGUAUCUCAUCCAUCGCUUUCUCUUCCACAUGAAGCCGCCUGCUAGUAACUAUUAUCUCAUCACACUGCAUUUCUUGUUGCACGGCCAGCAUCACAAGUCUCCAUUUGACAGCUCCCGUCUGGUCUUCCCUCCCGUGCCUGCAUCGCUGGUGAUUGGGUUUUUCUACACCCUCUUGCGCCUGCUCCUGCCUGAAGCAGUUGGCAUGUCCAUGUUUGUCGGUGGGCUGUUUGGUUAUGUUGUCUACGACAUGACUCAUUACUACCUGCACUACGGCUCGCCAAAGAAAGGCACCUACCUGUACGGGCUGAAGGCUUAUCACGUGAAGCACCACUUUGAACACCAAAAAUCAGGCUUUGGCAUCACCAGCCGAUUUUGGGACCGUCCAUUUAAAACACUAAUCCCAGAGGAAACCUUUGAGAAAGAGGAUUAA